AUGUCAGACGAGGUCGUAUGGCAAGUUAUAAAUCAACAAUUUUGUUCUUAUAAAGUCAAAACUGUAACCCAGAAUUUCUGUCGAAAUGAAUAUAAUGUUACAGGGUUUUGUAGUAGACAGUCAUGUCCUUUAGCUAAUUCUCGAUAUGCAACAGUUCGGGAGAUUGAUGGUAUCAUUUAUUUAUACAAAAAAGUUCCAGAACGGGCAAAUAUGCCAGCUAAAAUGUGGGAACGUAUUAAAUUACCAAAGAACUAUGCCAAGGCAUUAGAGCAGAUCGAUAAGGAUUUAAUGUAUUGGCCAAAUUUUUUGAUUCAUAAAUGUAAGCAACGCUUAACUAAAAUCACACAAUAUUUGAUACGGAUGAGGAAAUUAAGAUUAAAGGAUCGGGUAAAACUUGUUGGCAUUAAAAAGAAGAUCGAAAGGCGCGAGGCUACAAGAGAACGAAAAGCAGAGGCCGCAGCGCGACUAGAUAAGGCUAUUGAGAAAGAAUUGAUUAGUCGUCUAAAAAGCAAAGCUUAUGGUGACACACCGCUCAAUGUUAAUGAAGAAGUAUGGAAGUCAGUAUUGGAGAGCGAUAAAAAGGAUGAAGAGAAUAGUGAUGAUGAUUUGCUUGAAGGAUUUGAAGAAGUAGAUGACGAGAUAGAUGAUAAGGAACAAGAAAUUGAAAAUGAGGUUGAUGGAGAAAAUAAGAGUAAAAGAAGAGUUGUUAAUAAAGAUCGACGACCGAAAAAGAAAAAACGUGGAACGUACGUGGAAGUUGAAUAUGAACACGAGCACGAACAUUCUAUUUCAAAAGUGCCCAAUUGGUAG